UCCGGCCGUGGGAGAGGAUGGCGCUUUCAAGUUGGGCAAACGAAUGGGAGCUCGUCACCGAAGAGGGUGGCUUAUUGGUCUACAAACGUCCAAAACGCUCCCGCAUCGACUCCCAAAUUACCGCCUCUCUUCAUGACGGCGGGUCUCCGGACAAGAUUCUCCAGGCACGGAAGAGGGCCGCCCUCCUCAAUCUCAAACACAAGUACGAAGCAGAGAUCCAACUGUGGGAGAAUUUGUGGAACACCUUAAAGGCGACUCUAGACAAACCCUACCCCCAGCUUUCCGCAUUAUCAUCAAACCACGUUGGCGGUGCCCCAACACCGCCGGCGCACUCGGAGGACAAUUCCUCCCAUCCGUACAUAGAUGAGUUCCUCUCUCAGGCUGAAAUUCAAGGAGCCAUGAUUGCCGAUAUUUCAAAACUAUGCGAUGCUGCUGUAGCCUGGUGCAGUGCUGAAGAAGAAAGAGUUAAGAAACCAUUCAUGGACCUCCCAAUUUGGGAACCGUCGCCACACAAGCUAAUUUAUUCUCUGUGCCAAGAGUGAGCUCAUGUCUGGAGUUUUUUUUUUUGUUUUCAAUUAACCAAAAUUGUCGUAGCUCUUCUCAGUUUCUGUUUCAACUGCUGCUGGAAUUUGGGCUGCACGUUUUGUGUUUCUAGUUUGAUCAGCGUAAAUGUACGAUGGGACUGAUUGGUUCUGCUAUAGAACAGUUUGCAUAUACAAAUGUGUGUUUCUUUGGUUGAUUCAUGGGUUGGGUUUGGAUUCUUUCAACUCAAGUUUUAGUGGUGACCAUAGUCAUGUUCUGCGAAAUGAUUUAUCAACUGGGAUAUAUAGCUUUGAGCACAUUGCUUUUAAUGACAUGCAUGUAUAGAAGAGGACUGUGGCUUGCUUAUUGAUACUUUAUUUUACAGCAUUGUCAACUUCUCUCUCUCUAAAUUGUACACAGGCCUUGAACUACUCCUAAAUGCCAUUUCUUUAGGCAUUUGUAAUCCCAUAUCUAUGUUGUGUCCAUGUGCCUAAAGGUGAUUUUGAGGCGGCAAUCACAGCAGAUGCAUUUUCUUUCAAUCCAUCAAGUUUACAAAUA